UACCAUACCACAUACAUACACACAUAACAGACAAUGGCUUUAUCGUGGAAUAAAGAAUUAUCACAAUUCCUGAAAGAUAUUGGACUUGUGGAAACCAGCGAGUGUCUCGAAUCCGAAUUAAUCGUACUUUCACGCCACCACCUUCAAAAAUUACCGCAGGCUCUGGAUACACUUGUUGAAAACCUUUUGGUCUCUCUUGAACGCCAUGUCAAUGCCAAAGAACAACUCUUGGAAUCAAACGACAAGACCCAUGCCGAUCUACUCGUCACAAAACGUAAACGACCAGACGACGACGAUGAUGAAGAAGAAGAAGAACGUGAGCGCGCCAAAAGACUCGAUCCCGAACAGAUUCAAAUUAGAGCCACCACCGAAGAAGUGAACCAACGCAUUAAUACCUUCAUUCAAGCCAAACAAAACGAAUUAGACGAAAGUAACCGUACAGAGUUUCUUAGUAGACACGAUCCAAAGGCAGACGAUGUGACGUGUGCAAGGACCGAUGCGCGUGAAAUCAAUCGAAACAUUCAAAUGAAGUUUGAUAUUGUCAAUAACGAAGACGGUCCUCUAGCACGAUCCUUACUCUCCUAUAACGAUGCCAAUAAACAACAAGAUCUAUCAAAAAGCACCAGCAACACAUGUGCCGAUCCCAGUGAACGCAUCAGUAAUAUAGAACAGCAUUUGAAUAUUCGACUGGAUGAGGGAGCAAAACCUCCGUUUUCAACUUUUGAACGCAUUAAAAUAUUAGAGAAUACACUCAUGGAUAUUGAGCGACAACACCCUAGAUGGGCAGCUGUCCAUUUUAACCAACCCAACCGACAGUUCCCACCACCACCACCCGUGAAAUAUAUUACACGGCCUCCUUCUUCCGUUGAAGAAGAAGUAAUACCCAUACAAGAGACGUAUAUCUCAACACCCAUGGUGACUACAGCACCUCAAGCGAGGUUAAAGACACAAGGAAGAGCGAAUUCUUCCCUGACACGAGCAGUGAUUGAUCAACUGAAUCAACAAGUAUCAGUGGUAGACCCUCCUUCGAUCUAAUAAGUAAAAAAUAUAAUAAUAAUAAAUUUUUCUAUAUUAUGUAAAU